GUGGGCUUAGGCCCAGUGCACUUGUCUCGCUUGCCGCACGCGCCACGAACACAAUCAUCUGUUUCCCUCUCUUCCAGAGCUUUUGCAGCGACACUGAUUUUGCACUCUCAGCUCUCGCUAACGCUCUCUCUUCCUCCCAUCGAAGAAAUUCAAGCAAAGGUUAGGAUGGCUACUCUUAGAAAUCUGAAAAUCAAGACGAGCACUUGCAAACGCAUUCUGAAGGAGCUGCGUUCAUAUGAGAAAGAGGUUGAGAGAGAAGCUGCUAAAACAGCUGACAUGAAGGAGAAGGGAGCGGACCCUUAUGACCUUAAGCAACAGGAAAAUGUGCUGGCUGAAUCGAGGAUGAUGAUUCCUGAUUGCCACAAGCGCCUUGAAGUUGCAUUAGCUGACCUAAAAGGGACUUUGGAAUUGACGACAAGGAGAAUGAUUGGCAGUAGUAGACUACAAGAUGGGCUAUAUCUCUUGAAUGAUUAUGUUGGCUAGGCCAUGUUGGGGCAAUCUAUGGAUGUUGAGAAACAAAUUAUCAUGUGGCAUAGAAGAUUAGGACAUCCUUCAUUUACUGUUUUAGAGAAACUUUAUUCUUUUCUGUUUAAACAAUGCAAAACUGAAUUGUUAGUAUGUGAUGCUUGUGAGUUUGCUAAACAUACUAGACAAUCAUCCUACAAUAAAUAAUAAGGUUUCAGUUCCUUUUA